AUGACAGCAUCCAAUCGUCAUAUGCACGAUGCAUUAAACCACGAGUUGCAAAGGGAACAACAGUACGACAUUGAAGCAUUGACCGAAACAGUUCGUACAAAUGUUCCACAAUUAAAUCAACAACAAAGAAUUGCGUACGACACUUUGAUAGAAGCUGUGAACAGUGGAUCUGGUGGAAUUUAUUUCCUUGAUGCUCCCGGAGGAACCGGAAAAACGUUCUUAAUUUCAUUGCUUUUGGCGAGGAUCAGAUCGCGAAAUGAUGUUGCUCUAGCGUUGGCUUCAUCUGGAAUAGCUGCGACUCUGCUAGAAGGCGGACGAACUGCGCAUUCUGCCUUGAAAUUACCAUUAAACAUGCAAAUCACGGAAACACCAAUUUGCAACAUCGCCAAAAAUAGCGCAAUGGCCAAGAUUCUACAGGUGAUUUUCGUUAGACUCUUCCAGUUAUUCCCCGAUCAACUGUUGCUGAUGAACUAA